AACCCUUCAUACAUUAACACAUUUUCAUUGUCAUACUAUAUCAAAGAAAGAAAAAAGCUUGAAUUGGUUACAUCCUCAUAGUCAAAAAUGGCUUCUGCUUGGGCUUCCUCUGCCAUUGCAGCUGUAUCUUCUCCUAGCUCGCAGAAAGCUGGGUCUGCUUUGGCAGCAACAAAGGCUUCGUUUUUUGGCGGGAGGAAGUUGAGAGUGAGAAACGUGGCAGCACCGAGUGGAUCAUCAUCAACAUCCUUCAGGGUAUGUGCCGCUGCAGCUGACCCUGACAGACCCUUAUGGUUCCCAGGCAGCACCCCACCUCCAUGGCUCGAUGGAAGCCUCCCAGGAGACUUUGGCUUUGAUCCUCUUGGUCUUUCAUCUGACCCUGACAGCCUAAAGUGGAACACGCAAGCUGAGAUUGUACACUGCCGGUGGGCGAUGUUGGGUGCCGCCGGGAUCUUCAUCCCGGAAUUCUUGACAAAGAUUGGCAUCCUAAACACUCCUUCAUGGUACACAGCAGGAGAACAAGAAUACUUCACUGACACAACCACACUUUUCAUUGUUGAGCUGAUUUUCAUCGGCUGGGCUGAGGGCAGGAGAUGGGCUGACAUCCUCAAGCCUGGGUCUGUUAACACUGACCCUAUCUUCCCCAACAACAAGCUCACUGGCACAGACGUUGGAUACCCAGGAGGGCUCUGGUUUGACCCACUUGGAUGGGGAAGUGGCUCACCUGAGAAGAUCAAGGAGUUGAGGACAAAGGAGAUCAAGAAUGGGAGACUGGCUAUGUUGGCUGUGAUGGGUGCUUGGUUUCAACACAUUUACACCGGUACCGGACCAAUUGACAACCUCUUUGCUCACCUUGCUGAUCCUGGCCACGCCACUGUCUUCUCUGUAAGUAAUGCUAAGUGCACUGGAACUAAAUCAGAUAAAACCAUUGCUGUAACAUACUUUGCUUAGGCUAACAGUGAAUCGUUGUGGAUUGUCACAGGCUUUCAAGGGAUGAAAAAAUAUGGGAGAGUUCCGAUUGGAUUCAAGUUUGGAAGAAGGGGCAACUAUGGUGAUCACAUAUCAUUAAUCUGAGGACAGAGGCUUACGGUUUAUGUUUGAAGCCAAGGGAAAUUUGUAGGACUAUUACUCGUAAACUUGUUAUGUGAUUUGAUUAGAACCAUCUUCUGGUGUACAAAUAUCUGUUUGGACUUGAACUCCAUAAAUAUGUAUUGAAUCAGUUGUUAACGG